AUGGACGAAGAACCUAAGAGCUUACAGAUACUUUUUUCUUCCGCCAAAGCCCAGAAAAAGUCACUGGAGUCGGCACCUAACACCAACGAUGAAGCCUAUCAAGACCAAUUAGAUUCUACGCUCCAAUUGUUUGAAACUUGUCAUAAGUUAAUCGCAAAGCUCUCCUUAUUUAGCCCAAAUGAGAGCUUGGAAGACAUCACUACGGCUGAUCUCCAGUUCGGACUCCCUCAUCCCUUGUCCAUUCGAGGACUAAUUUGUGACGGAAUAGCACGAAGUGAUGAUCGCCUAAAGAAUGCCCAACGUGUUCGGGAGAGGUACGAAGCGUUCUUAGAAUUGUUGGACCAAUAUGGGAUCUUGCCUGCCGCGGAUAAGAAGUUUCAUGAACAAUAUCUUGAAUCCCCAGAUACCUUUAGCCUCGCCCCUGCAAACGAUGCAGCUGCCCGAAGAAAUGUUAAGGUUGCCCGAUUUCGUGAAGAGAAGGAAUUGAAGCAGAAACUCGAAUACCUGUCGCAGAACCAGAAGCCUAUAGAGCACGAUGAUGAAACAGUGAGACGAUUACAGUUGGCAGAAAUACAUCUCUACGUUCAUCAGACGUUCCAGGCUUUAGACAUGUUAACGCAAGAGGUGUCUAUGCUGAAAGCUGCACAGCUCGCAGCAGCUACGCGUCCGCAGCGUGUCCCACAAGAUGCUAGGGAAUAUAAAGAGAAUGACAUUCAGAGCUACUCUGACCGCCUUGAUGUUGGGCUGUCCUCCAGUGGCCGUGGACGAGGCAGUCCUUUAUUAAAUAAGGCUGGCGUUCCAUUACAGCCCUUCGUUCUCACAAGCCGAAGAACGGAAAUUCGAAAAGGCGUCUUUCGACCUGGGCAUAACCUUCCAACUAUGACUAUUGAAGAUUACCUGGAAGAGGAACGGAGACGAGGAGGGAUUAUCGAAGGCGGUGGCGAACAAUCCGGUAUACGCAAAGAAAUCGAUGAGGAUGAUAUGGAAAAAGCCAAUGAGGAGACCAUGAAGGCACGAGCAUGGGAUGAAUUUAAAGAAGAAAACCCAAGAGGCUCGGGAAACACGUUGAACAGAGGCUAA